AUGUCAGACCUUACAGAGUUCCAAAGAGGAAUGAUUGUUGGGGCGCGUUUAAGUGGAGCAUCGGUUACGGAAACAGCAAAGCUUUUGGGGUGUGCAAGAGGUACGGUGUCAGAGGUUAUGACAGCAUACACGAAAGAAGGUAAGACGACGUCUUCAAAGCACCACAGUGGCCGAAAGUCAAAGCUUGCUGAUAGGGAUAGAAGAGCUUUGAAGCUCAUAGUAGCCCGAAAGCGCAAGCAAUCCUUAUCCGAAAUAAUAUCUAAAAUGAACAGCCAUCUCCAGGACCCCGUUUCAACAAAAACUGUCAAAAGGGAAUUUCAUGCUGCGAACAUUUCUGGCAGAGUGGCAAUUCAAAAACCCUUGGUCACAGCAACUAAUGCUUUCAAGCGACGCCAAUAG